GAAGUUCGCUCCCUGUCCUUGAGUCUUGGAGGCCAGGGGGACUGUGUGUAUCUGCUUUCGCCCACCUCGUCAGAGUUCCCCCGGCCAGGAGUGACGUGCACGCGGCUAGGGGACCCCUAAGUGAAAGGGCUUGGCAGAGUUCAGGUCCGGAGGGAGAGUCCUGGACCGCAUCCGGGAGUUUCGACUCUCCAGCCCUCCAAUACGCAUGCGGAGCCGAUCCCCCUGGGCGGUCUGGAGGCCGUCGCCCGCCCUCAACUUCGCGACUGGUCAGGAGGCCCAGGUCCAGGCCGCUAGGCCGGGGGCCAGGUCCUUCUAGGACGAAACUGACUAAAUACCGUCACCUCCCCGGCUGCAAAGCUCAGUUUCCGCCCCCUGCAAACUGGACUGCAACGCGGCUUCUGUAAGCCGCUUGGGGCAGGCUAGGGCGGGGCCUGGCAGACCCCCGGUAAGGCGGGCGGGCGGGCCUCCGGGAAUGCUCUCCUCCCCGCCCCCAAACCAAAGUGCCACGGUGGCGCUGGUGGCGGCCGCGAGACCCAAUGCCUCCGGCCCUGCCGGCCUUGCAAAUGUAACCCGUAAUCCCAACCCGGAGCGAGGUCGGCGGGGGAGGCGUCCCGCCCACCUCUCCCUGCGGCUGCUGGUCAGCUGGGACCUCUAUAAUCACUCGGCUCACCCGCUCACCCGCGGGCUGAAGCACCUGCCGGAUGUGGGGAGGGAGGAGGAGGCCAGUUGUGGGGUGGCAGAUGUAAGCGCCAAGUCUCUGGUCAGCGUCUUGGUAGGGAAGCUGGGUGGACAAGUCUGCAGUAGCCCCGGGGAAGCCGGCCCUGGGCUGCGGGGAGACUACGUUGGUUGGCCCUGCCCUCCAGGAGCACCCGGCUUGGCACCAGAGCUCUUACCGCCUCCCCAUUAUGCAGCUGCUCUGGCAGAGCCCAGGGACUGUAAAGUCCGAUGGAACAAGACCUCGACCUUCACUCAACUCUUCCAGCUUCCCAGCCACCCCCAUAUCCCCUACUCCCAACCCCCAUCCCACCCUGUCCCUUGUCUUCUCCCAGCCUCGGUGCCCGGUUACGGCUUCUCACUUCUCACUUCUCACUGUGACUUUGGCCCAGCCAGGGGAAGUGGCUCAGGAGGGUCCCGCGCGGCUGCAUAAAAUUGGCAGCUUCAGAACUGGAGGGAGGGGGUUGUGUGCGACGUCGAGAGGCGGGGAGAGGGGCGGAGGAGUUGCUCUCUGAGUCCAAGUCCGUGGGCUCUCUCAGAGAUCCUCAAGCCGGAGCAGAGGUGGCUGGCAGGCCCAGCCGAUUGUUGGCCUCUGUUUUCUUUCCACCGCCUGCUUCUUCCGACCGGAGACAUAGCUGCUCUGAAGGGCUUAGUCCUGACACUAGGGUGCCACGAUCGCGCUGAUGCCCGGAGUGCUCGCAGGGCUUCCAGCUAACCAUGCCACAGCCGCCCGCCGCUGCCCUGGCGCUGCCCUCGCUGCUGCUGCUGCUGCUGGUGCGGACGCCGCCUCCGACAGGCGCGCCGCGGUCCCCAGGCCCCGAUUACCUGCGGCGCGGCUGGCUGCGGCUGCUGGCGGAGGGCGAGGGCUGCGCUCCCUGCCGGCCAGAAGAGUGCGCCGAGCCGUGGGGCUGCCUGGCCGGCCGGGUGCGCGACGCGUGCGGCUGCUGUUGGGAGUGCGCCAACCUCGAGGGCCAGCUCUGCGACCUGGACCCCAGCGCGCACUUCUACGGGCGCUGCGGCGAGCAGCUUGAGUGCCGGUUGGACGCGGGCGGCGACCUGAGCCGCGGAGAGGUGCCGGAGCCUCUGUGUGCCUGCCGCUCGCAGCGCCCGGUCUGCGGAUCGGACGGCCGCACCUACGCGCAGAUCUGCCGCCUCCAGGAGGCGGCCCGCGCUCGGCCCGACGCCAACCUCACGGUGGCGCACCCGGGGCCCUGCGAAUCGGAGCCCCAGAUCGUGUUGCACCCCUAUGACAUUUGGAACGUGACGGGGCAGGACGUGAUCUUUGGCUGUGAGGUGUUUGCCUACCCCAUGGCAUCCAUCGAGUGGAGGAAGGACGGCUUGGACAUUCAGCUACCAGGGGAUGAUCCCCACAUCUCAGUGCAGUUCAGGGGUGGACCCCAGAGGUUUGAGGUGACAGGCUGGCUGCAGAUCCAGGCUGUGCGUCCCAGCGAUGAAGGUAUCUACCGCUGCCUGGCCCGCAAUGCUCUGGGCCAGGUCGAGGCCCCAGCUAGCCUGACAGUGCUCACACCAGACCAGCUGAACUCCACAGGCAUCCCGCAGCUGCCAUCCCUGCAUCUGGUUCCUGAGGAGGAGGCUGAGAGUGAAGAGGGCGAGGAUUACUACUAGGUCUGCAGCCCUGGCCUAUGGGGGUGGGUGAGUGGGGAUAGUAGUCAUCCCUGCUCUUGAAAAGACCUAAAAGGGGGAGCAGGGCCCUUUCAUUGCUUUAAUGCCCUUAAUAGGAGAGACGUGGUGGUAAGUAGGGAGACAAAAGUUGGUAGAGGGUAAGGAGAGAGGCAGAGGCUAGGGGAAGUGGGAAGCAAAGGGGCCCAUGGAGGAGAUGCCCUGGCUGGGACAGUCUCCAACGUGGAGCAACCAGGCAGAAGACAGCAGCUGCCUGCUGGACCCUAGGCUGGGUGGGAGUGUGCGGGGGUGGGGGUGAGGGGGUGGAGUGCAGAGCAGACACAAAGAGGCGGCUGGGAUCCUCCACUUUCCUGCCAGUCUUCCCUCCAGCCCUGCUCAGCCAGUCUUCCGAUCUACCCUUUGCCACAACUCCUGCUGUGAUUUUUCUAGUCCCUCACCUUUGCCUAGCCUCAGUUUACCCUCCUCGAAGCUCACCUAGAAAUUCCUCCACUCACCUAAGUUCCAGUUGUACUUACUAACUGCAGUCCUCUUUGCUGUUGGCAUUUGUUGUCUGGAAAAACAUAAUGGAGCAUGGUUUAGGUCAGUGCAGUAAGAUGGGCAUUUGGUCAUGUCUAACUUCUGUCCUUCUGAAAAAUUUGAGGCCAGGACUGUUUUUUAUAUUGGACAGUUCCUAGAACAGGACUAGGCACAGUUGGUAUGCAAUAAAGAUUUCUGAACAAACAGACACAGAUGCACAGGUGGUUCAUGCAGGUGUGCACAUGAAGACCACAUUUCCCUGGGAGGCUUUCCAUGGUAGAAGGGCAUUGGUUUCCAGAAGCUGUAGGUCCUGCCCCUAAGCACAUGCCUGCCAGAUGUACGGAGAGGAAGUUUGAGCUGGGGCCUACCCUGCCCUUUAGGGAGGAAGUCUGAAGCCAUCUGUUUGGAGGGAGGGUAUUCUCCCGGUCUGCACUCCAUCGGGGCUGGACUAGAGUUAGAUUGCCUGCCCCUGCAGGUGGGGAACCAGGUCGGUGUGGGUAGGGUCCCAGUGUAAAAGCACAAACUGGAUGAAGGAGGGGAGAAGCUUGGCCACGAGUAUGGGCUGCACCCUAGGAUUCCCUUAGGAAUCCACCCAUUUUCUUGCUGAACCCAAAGUCAGGUAAGCCUGUUUCCUUAUCUGCCAACUGUGAGUUGUCCUCUCUGGCUGGGGGUCACUGCCGGAGCUGCAGUUCCUGGCUCCCCACACCUCUCUCCACGCUCGCUGUACCUAGCCUACUGGGUGAAGCCCAGUGUUUAUUGACUGAGUGAAGCAGAAAAUGAAAACUUAAGUUCGGGAGGCCAAGAUCUUGUGUGUGGAUGGCGACAGUCUCCUACGCGGAGACCGCCCAGAGUCUGGCGCCACGGCAGGAGAGAUUGCAGUUGGCUCAGUUGUCUGAGCUUGUCCUCUGGGGCCCAAGGCAGGGAGCCCCGGCUCUUGGGAGGGGAGUGGUCCGGAAUCCCCACCCGAGGGCUUGGCCGCCUCUCCCGCGGGACCGUAGGGCUCCUCCAGAGGCUAAGCCAGAGGACAGCUCUGGUUGACUAGUCCUGUCUAGAGCCCGGCGGCCCCAAGACCUGCGCUCGGCAGCUGGAGCGGGUUCGAUACUUGGGGUGAAUUCCAAGACGACCGCGGAAGCGGAGUAGGGAUGUGAGCGGUGUGCCAG